GACGUCACAGAGUACUGGGCGGAGGUUGCGCAUCUAUUCCACUUGGGGGCGCUAGACUCCCUUGAAGGUGGGUUCACUAUCUUCGCAGUGGUGUGUGAAAGCCAGUUCAGCUCCUGAACCCCACAACAGGCUUUUGGUGCCUGACCGAUUUCUGGACAGAAUCUGGACGACUAGGACAUUUUCUUUAGGUACUCAUAUGACAGAGGCAACAGCAUUGAGCCUGCUUUAAGCAGGCCAGUUCUUCCAAACCAGGCAGUGGGCAAGUAUGAAGCCUGAACACAGGACGAUAGCCACAAGACAGUGGGCCAGGAGUGCUGUGGCCUACCAUACCAGGUCUACAGCCAUGAAGAAGACAAUGUCCCUGAAGAGGAUGAACACGCCAUCCCUCCAGAAGCAGAGGAGGAGAAAGCCUUCUUCCCAGGCUCUGAGGAACAUUGUCGGCUGCAGAAUUUCUCACGGAUGGAAGGAAGGUGAUGAGCCUGUCACCCAAUGGAAGGCCAUCGUUCUGGAUCAACUGCCAACAAAUCCUUCCCUCUAUCUGGUGAAGUAUGAUGGGAUUGACUGUGUCUACGGACUGGAGCUCCACAGUGACGAAAGGAUCUUAAAGCUUAAGGUCUUGCCUCAUAAAGUAGUGUUUCCCCAAGUGAAGGAUGCCCGCCUCGCCCGCGCCAUGGUUGGUAGAGUGGUGGAACACAAAUUUGAGGGCAAACAUGGCUCUAAGGAUAACUGGAAGGGGGUGGUCCUAGCCCAGGUGCCGAUCAUGAAGGCCUGGUUUUACAUUACCUACGAGAAAGAUCCGGUCCUGUACAUCUACCAGCUCCUGGAUGACUACACAGAAGGUAACCUCCGGAUCAUUCCAGAGACUCCUCCAGCAGAGGUGAGGUCAGACAUUGACAGUGACGUCCUAACAGGUAAAUGUGUGCAGUACACCAGAGGCGAUGGGUCCAGAAAGAUCGGCAAGGUCAUUUGCCAAGUUCUAGCCAAGCCUUCCGUGUACUUCAUCAAGUUUGACGGCGACGUCCAUAUCUAUGUCUACAAUCUGGUGGAAAAGAUCCGUUAGGGUGAAAUCCACAAAAGUUCAUGGACGUAACUUUUAGGAUUGGGGGAAAAAGUUUGUUUUUCAGUGUGUUGGAUAUCUAAGGGUCUUUGACAACCCUAGUAUCUUUGCCAAUGGAAUUUGUUUUUGCUCUAAACAUUAAAAUGUGUGACAUG